UCCUGCCCACGCGCACCACGGCAAAGAGGACUCGAUAUCCUGACUUACUCGAAAUCCCCCGACCUCACCACGAACUUCAGACUUCAGUAUCCAACGUCAGGGGCACCUUCCGACCGCAGCAAUGGCCAAGUCCAAGAACUCCUCGCAGCACAACCAGUCGCGCAAGGCGCACCGCAACGGUAUCAAGAAGCCCAAGACCUCGAGAUACCCGUCCCUGAAGGGUACCGACCCCAAGUUCCGUCGUAACCAUCGCCACGCUCUGCACGGCACCAUGAAGGCUCUGGAGCUGAAGGAGGGCAAGCGCGAGACGGCAUAGACGCAGAGUUAGGCUUAUGGUUAUUGGUCUCUUCUACGGCACGGCUGCGAUGCAUUGGGGUAUUAGGAAAUGAAACGGAAUUGGCAAAUAAGAUAAGCCAACACGAAUCAAUCAACAACGGUUCGACCCUCUC